GAGUGGACCCACAAUGGAGCAUUCUGAGGCUAUUGACUUAUUCUUUUUGGUCUAGACGUAACUCCAGCCCGAUUAACACCAGCGUUGGAAUUAUUUAUGAGGGCUGGAAAGUGGGUAAUGAAGUACCUCGGCGGAACUAAGCUGGAUCCCGAUAAAAGCGAGGGGGCUCGAACUUGCACACUGCCAAGUCAGUAAGCAAAGGAAACUCAAAAUCCAAAUUCGAUACUUUUGAGCGGUGACUAUUUGUUCAAACGAAGAGGUUUUGGAUAACCCAAAGAUACGCGUCGCAUGGAGAAUGCGUGUCGACGCGUGAAUUACUUCUCACGUGAUCGUUCCCUUUCAUUUCGGAGCUUGAAUCUUCUUUGAUAUCUGAUGGCGAUCAGCGGUGCUACUUACUCAAGUCAACACUACAAAUAUUUGGACGCUGUUCCUGCUUUACCUGGUUCAGCAAUGGAAAUGUCAAACAGAACUCUGAAUCCGACUGCAACAACGCGUGUUUCGAUUCAGUGGGACAAUGAACCUCCGGAGGAGCGGACAUCCACGCUGGUUCUCACCGCACCUUCCGGAAUAUUCGUCGAUCUCCGGAUCUUCGCAGAUGAUAUUCCCUCCGUCUCUAAUGCGCACGAAUUACAGUCGUCUAGCGCAAUUGACUGGGCUUUCGCUGGUUUGGCUUUUGCAAAAUCCAAUCCCUACGAUGCGCCCCUGACGGAUAAUUCAUGGAUACACUGGCUCGACUCGCGCGAGGUCGACGCAUUGAGUGUGCGCGACACAGGCGUGAGCUCAACUCUACCAAACGGGGAUACACGCGAACGCGGCGAAAUGAAAGACGCGUCCGGCGCUCUGAGGGUCUACGAAGAGGUAUGGCGCGACGUACGCGUUGAACCAACAUGUGUUACUACACCUACUACUACUGCUGUCUUUAUCCGCUUUCGCGAUGGUUCCGAAGCUGCGACACGAGGUGUCUGCGUGCGGGUGGAAGACAUCAACCCAGUGGACGUGUGCGGCGUGCUUGUUCGCAUGGGACGUUGGUGCCAGGGUGUCCUAAGGGACGUGCAUGGGUUUACCGCCGAGCGCUGGGAGCUUCAGCUUACGGAGGGGACCUCUGAGACUGAAUGCUGGAGACCUAUCUUUCGAUCUGGUCUAGGCUAUAUCCCGUGCAUACAAGCUUGUACUUCUCCGCUUUCUUCCGGUCAGGAAGAAGCUUUGGACUUCUCCGCACCCGAUGGGAUAUGGAAGCGUGUUGAACUCUAUGAAACAGCUUCGAAUUCGAACUCCAGGGACUAACGUAGAAGCCAUUAAUGUUUUGGAGAAGGUAAGGGGGGAGGGAGAUGAG